GUAGAAGUAAUGCGAGAUCCCCAGCCGCGUCAUCAACUGGUUCUUCAGCAGGUUUUAAUUUGGGACAUGGGAUUGAAGCUGGUGAACAGUUGAACAACAUGAAACAUGUACAGAAAGACUCCAGUGUGGAUGAUUUGAUUUCAAGGUACAGAAAACUGAAACUGAAUAAUUUUACACCACUCGAAUCAUUGCAAAACAACAAGUCGCCCUCCUUGUCAAAACAUGUCAACGGGAGCAACCUAUCAUCAAAAAGCCAACAGGCAACUACAGCAGAUGUUAUUGAUCCAAGGUAUUUUGAAAAGAGUCCAGUCAGAAAGACCUCAAUAGAUGAAAAAUUCUCUCUAGAUAUAGAUGAACCAGAAAAUAUACUAGAUUUUAAGAGUCCAGGGGGCAGCAGACUGCCAAAUUCACCUGAUUAUUCGAACUUGCUAGGACAGAAUGGAAGGAGUUCAGGGGCAAGUGAAAAACCAGCAUCUACAAAUGGCAGAGAGGAAGGGGCACAAAGUGCUAGAAGUCCACAUGGGUUUACUAUGCCUGUGUCACCACAUGACAUAGCUUUGCUGCCACAAGAUGCCAGAGGUGGCUACCUUCACACUCCACGCCACAGGGAAAGCUUACCUUUAGAUGGGUCUUUGAUAGAUGUAGAUGCCAUGUUGAGCCCAGGCAUAGGAGAGACUCCUGGGCUUCCUUUUGGGAGGAAAGGCAGAGACUCAGCUGCAACUAACAAAGCGAAAAGAACAGAUAGAUUUGAGGAUAUACUUGGUGAUGAUACAUCCUUGCUCCUUCCCUCCUCUCCAGAAGUUAGUUUUACUACACAUUCACCAGCCGUGGGAAACCUUUUGGACUUCUAAGUACAACUGCAAAGAUUGCAAAGAGUUUGAAGAUUUUCCUGUUUUGGAACCUUGUGUUUUGAUAAUCCAAUUAGGGGAUAAAGAUGUGUUUAUGUCUCUAUCAAAGUCAUAACCGUAUGAACUGCAGCAUCAAUAAAGCUUACUGCUUUUUACAGCCAUAACUUUUUUGAUAUGCUGGACAAGGCAUCUUUUCAAAUGUAUCUAAUUGAUUAGUGUUAUAUUUUUUUGAAAAAAUUUUAUAAAUUUUCAUUCCAUCAAGGAUUUUGAUUUUGAUUGCCAUCUUUGGAACCAUGCAACCUUAACAACAUACAGUUACCAUGUCUUAAUACAAGAACCUGUAAAUAAUUUUUGUAGCUUUCUGGUGGUUCUUCUCUCUCCACCCCACCUAUUUUUUAAAAUUAAUCAAAAUACUGAUGGCUUAUGUAAUGAUGGCACUCACAAAUACUAUUAGUUAUUUAAUAUGGGCUUGGAUUUUUAGCUUUCUGUAUAUUAAAGAUCUGGGUUGCUAUUUAUCAAUAUUUUUUUACAUAUUUUAUGUAUAUUUAUUAAUGGGUAUAAAUUACCCCCAUUUCUUCUAGAUUUUUUCAGGACGCAAUAUUGAAAAAAUUUGUUAUUAGUGACAUGUAGGUGUCAACAAACAACAUUUGAGGUGUAAAAUAUACUAUAUAUCUAGCUUUUGUAUAUAUGCAUUGAUAUGAUUGCAAAUCGAUGAUUUAUUGUGUAAAUAAACUAUAAGUACAUAA